GGCGGAAUCCAUGGAAUGCAUGUUCUUGUGAUCGUCAUCGGGGGGGAGGGGGGAAAGAGCUCCAGAGUGUGGGUUAAUUAGUCAUGGCAGGUUUGGUUGCCGACUACGGAUCAUCUGGUUCAGAAUCAGAUGCUGAAGAAAAUCCGUCUGAAGAUGGUGGCUUGUCUCACGACUCAAAUGCCGAGGCAGCUCGAAUUGAUGGAAUGCCGGUCAAAACACAGUCAGGAAAUGGACUGGAUGCCUUCUUUGGCUCUGAGGCUCGGGAUGAGGAUGAAGGCACCCCUGAUGAUUCUGGACAAGUGAAACAAGAAGAACCUGGAGUUGGAAGAGGUUCAUUGAGGAAUCCCUUCCUGGAUGCUGCUCAAGGGAAGAAGCAGGAACAAUCUGUGUUCACUAACCCAUUUCGUGAAGCAGAAGAGGCGAAACUAGCCAUGCUUGAGAAACAUGUGAAAAUGGCACCUGACAGAGCCAAUCAGCUCUUUAUCAAUGGGAAAAAAGUGUGCAUAAACUAUCGUAAAGGUCGGUGUCGCUUUGGACAUAAUUGCAAAUUUGCACAUGAUUCAGACAUUGAACAUGGGCUUGGACCAUCAAAAACCAUGGCUCCUGGGGUUUCAACUGUGGAGCGGUCUCCAUCAAUAAUGCCAGAUCUACUUGGAUGGGAUCCUUCUGUUGUGAACCGUAAAAAUGCUGAAGAGGAGGAAACUGAAGAAACUAAGAAGAGAAAAAUGAGAACUGGGCUUGGUGACCAGCUGAAUCCCAGCAAGAAAGUUAUGAAAUUUUACACACAGCAGAAGACCAAGGAAUGUCCAUGGGUUAUUACCUCUGACAAACCUAAGAGAUGAGGUAUUUGUCACUCAUCUUGUUAUUUCUCAUAUCAGAUGUGAUUCCUUUGAUUCAAUAGAUUUUGAUUUUAAUGUCUAUAAACA